AUGAGCCAGAUAAGAAGCAUGAGGAAUGGCCGCCGGAAUUUGGACUCUAUAAUCAAGUAUGACAAAAAGGGGGCCAAGUUCAAUAUCGAAGAAGAGACUAACGCUUCUACUAUCGCUACGAGAAAGUACAUCUUCUUCGGUCGUGUCGAUGUCGAAUUGCAGGCGGCUCCUGGACAAGGUAUCGUGACGGCUAUAGUGUUGCAGUCCGACACUCUCGAUGAGAUUGACUGGGAGUGGCUUGGCGGUGAUGCCACACAAGUGCAGUCCAACUACUUCUCCAAGGGUGACACGACCACCUACGACCGCGGAGACUUCCACGAUGUUACCGAACCUCUGACGACAUUUCACACAUAUUCGAUCGAAUGGAACAAGAAUGUGGUUCAAUGGAUUAUCGACGGCAACGUUAUCCGCACCCCCAAAGCCGCUGACGCCAAAGGUUUUCCACAGUCGCCCAUGCAGAUUAAGCUAGGCACUUGGUGUGCCGGCGGUAGUCAGACCGAGCAAGGAACGGUUGAGUGGGCGGGAGGUCUGACUGACUUGUCUAAAGCUCCCUUUAAUGCUUACUAUAAGAGUGUCACCAUUGUCGACUAUGCUGGUGGUGAUGGCCCUGUCCCCAAGAGUGUCAAUGAAUACGUCUACGGUGACAACUGGGGCAGCGCGGACAGCAUCAAGGUUAAGUAUGGCUCCAGCUUCGACUCGGAAGAGAAGACAUCAGACAAGAACAAAUCUGAGCCCAUUGGUACCGAAAUAGAGACCGACGCAUCUAGGGAGAAAGACGAUCAGAGCAACUCUACGAUCUCCAAGCCCAAUGGUGGUCUCGUCAGUUUAAACUUUACUGCCACUCCAGUCGGGACCCCGGUUCCUGGCAACACUGGCCCUUCCGGACAAGGCUCCAAUGACAAUGUUCCUCAAUCGGUAGCUUCUCGAGGUACCAUUCGGGAAGGUUUCAUUGCCGGAACCCUGUUCCUCGUGGACUUUGCUGCAUGA